AUGACUGACUUCAAAGCUUUGAUGUUCGAUCUCGGAUCAGGUCUCACCAAAGUUGGAUUUACGGGUGAAGACAGCCCCAGUAGCGUAUUUCCGACUGUGGUUGGAAAGGCCAAUCAAGGUCGAUUGCAAAGCAUUCCAACAUUGAAUGGUACCAAUAGAGAAAUGAUUGGUGAUGAAGCAGUUUGUGCCACCUAUAACACACUCUUCUCUCCCAUACGACAUGGAAUUAUCCAAGAUUAUGAUCGAAUCGAAAAAAUACUCCAUCACUGCUUUUACAAUGAAUUACGAGUUGAACCAGAGGACCAUCCUGUCAUUAUGUCUACUCGUGUCCACGCUCCAAAAGCUCAACAUGAAAAAUUAACACAAAUCAUGUUCGAAACAUUUGCCGUUCCUGGAUUUUAUAUUGCUCAAUCUACAUUAUUAUCCAUGUUCGCAGCGGGUAGAAAUACCGGAAUUGUUCUAGAUUGUGGAGAUGGUGUCACAAGUGUAGAAACUCUAUCGAAUGGUUAUCACACAAAAAUUGCUGCAAAACGUGUGAAUAUGGGAGGAAGUGAUUUAGAUGAAUAUUUAGCAACUCUGUUACAGGAACGAGGAUAUUAUUUUUCAACAAGCGCAGAGUUGCAUGUUGUGAAACAAAUUAAGGAAAAAUUAUCAUAUUGUGCUCUUGAUUUAGAUGCAGAGUUGCAAACAGAUAGAAUGUCAUCGAAAUUAGAAAAAGCAUAUGAAUUACCUGAUGGAAAUGUCAUUUCCAUUAGUAAUGAAAGAUUUAGAUGUAUGGAAGCACUUUUUAAUCCUUCCUUAAUCGGUAGAGAAGAUGUUGGAAUACAUGAAAUGGUUUUCAAUGCCAUUCAAAAAUGUGAUUUGGGAGUAAGAAAAGAUUUCUAUGGAAAUAUCUUGUUGUCAGGAGGAAGUACAUUUUCAGAGGGAUUUUCAGAUCGACUGGUGAAAGAAAUCACUUCAUUGGCACCUGCUAGCAUCCUUGUGAAAGUAGUGUCACCUCCUGAGAGGAAAUAUUCAGUUUGGAUUGGAGGAUCAAUUUUGGGAGACUUGUCAUCGUUUCAGCAGUAUUAUCUGAGUAAGCAAGAAUAUGACGACGAAGGACCUGCCAUGAUUCAUAGAAAAUGUUAUUAA